AUGUGCAUCCUCUUUUGUUACGUUCAACGACAUGACGAAAAAUGUGACUUAGGCUAUGAAUUGAUUCUACUUUCGAAUCGUGACGAAGAUUUUCAACGACCUACUAUUGCUGCUCAUGUAUGGCCGCAGACAAACUUUGUACUUGGAGGAAGAGAUCAAAUGGCAUCAUGUGAAGGUGGCACCUGGCUUUGUCUUCAUACCAAACAAGGAAAAAUUGGUGUGUUAACGAAUAUCUCCUCUGCUGUAAUGAGACAAAGAAAUCCCACAGCACUUCGUCGAGGUUUCAUUGUACCUAACUAUGUUAACAACUCCGAGAUGGAUCUUGAUACAUACAUGGAGCUACUACAAUCGAACAAAAGCAAUUAUAUACCUUUCAGUUUUCUUGGGUUCGAACGAGACCCGAAGUUCAAGUGAGUCAGAAGGAGUAGAAUGUUCUGUCUGUAUGAGCCAGUCCACGUAAGCCACGACCGACUUAAUAGAGACCUGCU